UACUCUAUUCUGCGGAUCCUUUAACCAUGAAUCAUUCAUUACGCGUACCGGGGACCCGAAGCCUCACCUGGAGAGGAAUCACUUUGGAGACUAAUGACUUGUGGUGACAUUUGUAAUGUUAAGUUAUAAACACUUAAACUUCUUGAGCCUACGGUCAUAAUUUAUCCGGGGAACUAAAGACGGCUCCUGUUAACUCUAACAGGUAAACACAAGAAAGAACAUUCAAGAGAAGAAAAGUUUUUAUUGAAGCCCUUCCUGCCGCCAUGCUCCCGGCUCAGGAGGCCGCUAAAAUCUACCACACCAACUACGUGCGUAACGCUCGGGCCGUGGGCGUGCUGUGGACAGUUUUCACCAUCACGUUCUCCGUUAUCACCGUGGUGGUGUUCAUCCAGCCAUACUGGAUCGGGGACAGCGUCAACACGCCGCAGGCCGGAUAUUUUGGCCUCUUCCACUACUGCAUCGGGAACGCGCUCACCUCGGAGCUCACCUGCAAAGGGAGCGCGCUGGACUUCGGCUCCAUCCCGUCCGGCGCCUUCAAGACGGCCAUGUUCUUCGUGGGGAUCUCCAUGCUGUUGGUGGUGGGCAGCAUCGUCUGCUUCAGCCUCUUCUUCUUCUGCAACGCGGGGAGCGUCUACAAGAUCUGCGCGUGGAUGCAGCUGGCCUCCAGCACAUGCAUGGUGAUUGGCUGUAUGAUCUAUCCUGACGGCUGGGACUCAGACGAGGUGAAGCGCAUGUGUGGCCAGCGGACCGACAAAUACACCCUGGGAAACUGCACGGUGCGCUGGGCCUACAUCCUGGCCAUCAUCAGCAUCAUGGACUCGCUAGUCCUCUCCUUCCUGGCCUUCAGCCUGGGCAACCGGCAGGACAAGCUUCUGCCAGAGGACUUCCAGGUGGAGGAGAAAGAUAACGCCUAGGCUCCCUGUGGAAAACGGAGGGAAGAGGCUUUAUGAGGAGCACUGCCGACUCGAGGGAUUUAAAUGUAUUCCAAGGCUCAGGACAUGAUUAAAAUCAGAAAAAAAUAACUACAAGAAGUUCAAUCGGUCCUUUCCUCCUUGCCACGGAAUUGUGGCAGCUUAGCAACAGACUUUGAAAACAUGGGAAGUCACUGUCCACCUGCUGCUCAGAUCUUGGGAUUUGUAGCAGAUUGCUAUUGUAUUUUGGACUAAAAGUGAAGGAACAUGCUGACCAGAGCAGCUCCUUGCAACUUUGGAGAGUUGUCAUAAAUGCUAAGCAGGCUGUCUGAAAUGACAUCAUUAAAAAUGUUUGUUUAAAAAAAAAAGUAUUUAUCUAAACAUGUUACCACAAAACAGGUGUUCAUCAUUUGACAUGCAAAGUAAUGUGAUAUAUUUAAGGAACCUUUGGAGAGAUUUUGGUUAGACAUCUUAAUAAAAUAUGCUUCCACAUCAGUUAGUACUCACUGAAAAUACAAUCCCACUCUACUGUAUCUGCCUUCUGAAGGUCCUAAAGAUGAAUUAGGUUAAUAAUGUGCUUUAAUAUAGAAUCUUUAGGGAUUUAUCUCCCUAUUUAUACAUGUCAGAGAGUGGAGACACUGCAGUGGCAAUUUAUGAGGAAAAUACAAUCUAGUAAGGUUUUGAAAAAUUUAUUAAUUACCUACAGAAAACAAAAUUAACAAAUGAAGAGCGGAGACAAACAGGAGAGGAGACUUUGUAUAAAAAACAAGCAAAAUAGUUUUGAGGGGGAUACAAAGCAUUACAGUAUUUGUUUUUAUUACAAUCUAUUUCCAAAUCCAACACCUCCAUAUACAGUGGAAACACUUGAAGUUUUAAUGGAAAUCCCAUGAACCGGAAAUCACAUGAACAUUCAAGGCAUUUCUAAAAAGUAAAAAAA